CUCCCCCGCGUCUCUUCUAUUUAUUGUCGCGGGGAAGCGGCGGCCGCCUUGUACCCGGAACAACAAAGCACGAAAGACGGAGCCCGAGCCUCGGGGGCUCCUAGCAACGGGCCGGGGCGGGAGUUCCAUGGAGACUGGGGAGCGCGCCCGCCUCAUCAUCAUCCUUGUGCUCCAGCUUAUUCUCCGCGUCCGACGCAACCGGCAGCAGCGCUGCCGCCGCGUCCUCUGCCGCCGCCCCCUCUUCCCACGGAUGUGAUCUUCGUGGUGGGAAGCUAAGUUUUUAAACUACCCCAAUGGAUGCAGACAGUGAUGUUGCAUUGGACAUUCUAAUUACAAAUGUAGUCUGUGUUUUUAGAACAAGAUGCCAUUUGAACUUAAGGAAGAUUGCUUUGGAGGGAGCAAAUGUAAUUUAUAAGCGUGAUGUUGGAAAAGUAUUAAUGAAGCUUAGAAAACCUAGAAUUACAGCUACAAUUUGGUCCUCAGGAAAAAUUAUUUGCACUGGAGCAACAAGUGAAGAAGAAGCUAAAUUUGGUGCCAGACGUUUAGCCCGAAGUCUACAGAAACUAGGUUUUCAGGUAAUAUUUACAGAUUUUAAGGUGGUUAAUGUUUUGGCAGUGUGUAACAUGCCAUUUGAAAUCCGUUUGCCAGAAUUCACAAAGAAUAAUAGACCUCAUGCCAGUUAUGAACCUGAACUUCAUCCUGCUGUGUGCUAUCGAAUAAAAUCUCUAAGAGCCACGUUACAGAUUUUUUCAACAGGAAGUAUCACAGUAACAGGUCCCAAUGUAAAGGCUGUUGCUACUGCUGUGGAACAGAUUUACCCAUUUGUGUUUGAAAGCAGGAAGGAAAUUUUAUAAUUCAUAUCUUAUUUGGUCAGAAAUCUUAACUGAGCACCUUUUAAAACCUGCUGCACAUUGGACUCAAAAGGAAAACUGGACCAACGGUAAUUGAGGAAAUAGACUCUUUUAUUCAUUCACGGCUACAGUGUAAGCUCCAGUCCCUUUGGAUUUUAUUUCAAACCUUGCUGUAAUAUAAAAAGGAAGUUUACAAGACAUGACAUUGCUGCUUUUACAAAAGGACAUUCUAUUUAUUUACGCAGUAAUUCUCAUGUCCCGAUAAGCAGAGCUGUCAGUGUGCACUACCUUGAAUUGUUUUGUUGUUAUUUUUUUCCAGUUUGAGCUAAUGUGUUUUAUUUGUGAAUAGUCUUUUACAUUUUUGUAUGCUAAAUAUGGGCACCAAAGAACCUGUAAAAGUUAUCUUUUUCAAUUGAAUGUGCACAAAUAAAAGUUUGGAAAAGAU